AUAAUUACCCGACAUGUGUAGCAAGCUAUCCACCAAGGGUAAUUUUUUGAAGCCGAAAGCUCACCCAAAGACGCGAUAUUACGGAUUGGACAGCAACGCGGGACGGAAUUGUAUUUUACGACGGAUAUAGGAAGAAGGGGGUUUACAGCGCGAUUUUGUUUCGGUCUAUUUGAGCAUAUAUCCCGCACCACCGCACCGCGAACAACACGCGCCUCACCACCAACCCGCCCAACACCACACCUCACACCUCACACCUCACACCCCCCACGCACCUCAAAAAUGCCCAUCCUCGAACUCCAUGUCCCCCCACCCCCCCUAACCUCCUUCCCCUCCCCCUCCCUCCCCACCCUCGACCCCGAAUCCCUCGCCCUAACCGCCUACUUCUCCCUCGCCAUCCCGCGCGGCGAAUGGGUCCUCAUCCCCUCUCUCCCCGGCGCGAACCCGACGGGUGUGCUGCCGGCGCUGAGGUGGGGGGAGGUAUGGGUGGGGGGGUGGGGGAAUGUGGUUGAUUUUGUUGGGAAGAUGGGGGGGGAGGGGUGGGCGCUGGGGGGUAAAGAUGGGGGGGAGGGGAAUGGGAAGGGGAAGCUGAGGGGGGAGGGGGAGGGGGAGAGGGGGGAUGUUAUUGCAUUCUCAAACUUCAUCCGCACCAAAGGCCGCGCCCUCCUCGACCUCUCCCUCUUCGCCGACCCCCAAAACUACAACACCCUCACCCGCUCCUCCCUCGCCUCCACCCUCCCCUUCCCCCUCUCCUGGCUCGAGCCCCGCCGUCUCCGCGAAGCAGCCCUAGCGCGCACCGCACACCUAGGCAUCAAACUCGACACCACCGACGAUGCCCACGACGCAGCAUCCACCUCCACCCAGGUCCAGGGCGAGGACGUCAUCCCCGUCAGCCUGCGAAAGGGUAACCCCAACGCGGCGGCGGCUAGUUUGGCUGCGGAAGGCGCGGCGACGAUAAGGUUAUCUGCGCUGGCUGAUGAGUUUCUGGAGCCACUUGCGGAGAUGAGGGGGGAGGGGAGGUGGUUUGUAGGCGGGCGCGCGACGGAGGUGGAUUGUCUCGCCCUGGGGUACUUGGCUGUUAUGCUUGUUGACGGGCUGCCGAGGCCGUGGUUGGCGGAGAAGGUUAAGUCCGUAAAAGGGCUUAAGGAGUGGGUUGCUGAGGUGGAGGGUGUGGCGUUUGAGGAGCUGCCGUGGGGAGAGGGGGAGGCGGGGGUGGGUGUUAUAGGACGCGCUGUUACGGGGUGGGUUUGGGGCGCGCUGGGGAUGGGAGGGGUAGCGAGGGAGGAGGAGAAGAAGGAGGAGGAGUUCUCGUCGCAGGGUGAGCAAGAGAUUGUGGCGUAUAGGGCGAUGAUUAGGAGGAGGGAGAUGUGGGUUACGACUGGGAGCGUGGUGGUAGCUGUGGGCUUGUUCGUGGGGUUUUUGUUCCAGCAGGGGACUAUUGGGGCGAUUGUGCUGGGGGCGCAGGGGGCGCAGAAGCGCGCGCGUGCGAAGGCCGAGAAGGAGGUGGAGGGGGGGGGGGUUGCGGCUGCGGCGCUGUGGGAGGCUGCUGAGCCGGGGGUGGCGGAGUUGGCGGCGAAGAUGAAUUUUUAG